AUGACCUUGAAACAGGCACCAAUGGCUUGCAGCAGAGGCAUGGUGAUGAGUGCCUUCUUCUGGUCUGUGGCCAUAGUUUAUUUGACCCACACAACUGGAGUGAGGGGGGACUGCUGGCUUAUUGAAGGGGAGAAAGGUUAUGUGUGGCUGGCUAUUUGUAGUCAAAACCAGCCUCCAUAUGAGGCUAUACCCCAGCACAUUAACAGUACUAUUGUGGACCUCCGUCUAAAUGAGAACAAAAUCAAAAGCAUACAUUAUUCUGCCCUCAGUCGCUUUGCUAAUCUGACUUACCUUAACUUGACAAAGAAUGAGAUAACAUACAUAGAGGAUGGGGCUUUUUCUGCCCAGUUCAAUUUACAGGUCCUCCAGCUGGGUUUCAACAAGUUGCGUAACUUGACAGAAGGAAUCCUCAGGGGUUUGGGCAAGCUUCAGUAUCUUUACCUCCAGGCCAACCUGAUUGAGACUGUGACACCCAAUGCCUUCUGGGAAUGCCCAAACUUAGAGAACAUAGACCUAUCCAUGAAUCGCAUACAGGUGCUGGAUGGGUCCACAUUCAGCACCUUGUCUAAAUUGACCACCUGUGAGCUUUACACCAACCCCUUCAACUGCUCCUGUGAGCUUCUGGGAUUUGUCAGGUGGCUCUCCACAUUCAACAGAACAAGUGAACGUAUGGUGUGUGAUUCUCCAGCCGGUGUUUCUGGUUACAGUCUCCUUAGCCAGAAUCCAAACAAUCCUACUUAUCGCAAUGCACUGCAUAUGUUGUCCACUGUGUGCACGGAGGACUAUGUGACUCCGUUUAUCCCUGUGCCUCCUGAGACCACAACUCUUCCUCCAGACUUCACACCAUGCGGGUUGGAAGACUACUGUUCCUCUGGGACUGAGCCAGAUGAGAUCAGGAUAAGUCCGACAUACAUAGACCUGGAUGUAAAACCAGUCAUGAAACUGAAGCAAGUAUCGCACACAAACGCCAUCAUCACCGUACAGAUUCCUCACCCAUACAAGAAGAUGUACAUUUUAGUUCUGUAUAACAACAGCUUUUUCACCGAUAUCCAAAACCUUAAAAGCAAAAACGAGGACAUUGAACUGAAAAACCUGAAACCCCAGACAGAAUACACUUACUGCGUGGCUUCCAUACGCAAUUCCUUGCGUUUCAAUCACACUUGUCUGACUAUAUCCACAGGCCCCAGAAACGGGAAGGUGAGGGUAAACAACAAUGCAACAGCAACUCACUACAUCAUGACUAUCUUAGGAUGCCUCUUUAGCAUGGUAAUCGUUUUAGGAGUAGUCUAUUACUGCUUGCGAAGAAAGAGGCAGCAAGACGAAAAGCACAAAAAAUCAGGUCUCAAGAAAAAUAUAAUUGAACUGAAAUAUGGUGGAGAACUGGAAGGAGGGACUAUAUCCAGAAUGUCUCAGAAGCAGAUGAUGGCUGGAGAGAGUAUGUCUCGUAUGCCGUACCUGCCUUCUGGAAGUGAAAUGGAGCAAUACAAGCUUCAAGAUAUAACCGAAACCCCCAAAAUGGCAAAAGGAAACUACAUGGAUGUCAGAACAGGGGAGCACCCAGAACGUAGGGAAUGUGAGAUGUCCAUUCCAGGGAAUAACCAGGGUUCUGUCGCUGAGAUAUCAACAAUUGCAAAAGAAGUAGAUAAAGUCAAUCAAAUAAUCAACAAUUGCAUAGAUGCUCUAAAAUCAGAGUCCACCUCAUUCCAAGGUGUAAAAUCUGGAGCUGUGUCGACAGCAGAACCUCAGUUAGUGCUAAUCUCAGAACAGCCUCAGAGCAAGUCUGCUUUCCUUUCACCUGUCUACAAGGACAGCUACCAUCAUUCUCUACAAAGGCAUCACACCUCGGACGCUUCUCCAAAGCGACCAAGUACCGCCACUGGAGGUCCCAUGAGGAGCCCAAGGCCGUACCGAUCAGAAGGUGCAUACAAGUCUGAGUCCAAGUACAUAGAGAAGGCCUCGCCGUCGGGUGAGACCAUUCUGACUAUCACACCCGCAGCAGCAAUACUAAGGGCAGAAGCUGAGAAGAUUCGGCAGUAUAGUGAGCAUCGGCAUUCCUACCCUGAUGCCCACCAGAUAGAGGAACUGGAAGGACCAGAGAGCCACAAGGGCUCCAUCUUGGAGCCUUUGACUCGGUCACGGCCCAGAGACUUGGCCUACUCCCAGCUUUCGCCUCAGUACCAUAACCUCAGCUACUCCUCCAGUCCAGAGUACUACUGCAAACCAUCGCAUAGCAUCUGGGAGCGCUUCAAACUCCACCGCAAACGUCACAAAGAUGAGGAGUAUAUGGCAGCAGGACACGCACUGCGUAAAAAAGUGCAGUUUGCUAAGGAUGAGGACCUGCAUGACAUUUUAGACUACUGGAAAGGUGUGUCGGCCCAGCAUAAGUCUUAA